AUGGAAAGAAGACAAUUUAACACAUCCAACAUUAGAAACGGAACAGGCCGUCCUCGUAAGACUCCCAGAUCCAAGCUCUAUAUGGUUUACCCCCCACUUUCAGGUGAGGACUCAACAAAUCCUGAACCAGAAGAGGGUAGUUCACAGGAAAACAAUCCCACAGAACCUAGUUCCUCACAAUCAAAUUCAGUACAAAAUCAAGACCAAAGUGAAGACCAGAGUCAACUACCACAACAAGAACUGAAUACACAACAAGAGCUGAAUACACAACAAGAACUGAAUACGCCAUCACCCAGGGCGUCAAACACAUCAACUGAAACUCCUGCUCCUUUAAGUCCCAUACAACCAGGAAUUCGAAAUAUUCCUCUGGGAUUAUUAUUACCACAAGAAAAAGUUGGCCGUCUUAUGGGAUAUCCAUUUUACCGCGAUUUUAAUUUUACCCUAAAUCCAGAGAGAUAUCAGAAACUUAUUUAUGUGUUUCAGAUACUUAAAAAUGCUGCUCGUAAUCACAGAAAUGGAGCUUCUCUACUUAGAAAGUAUUUCCUGUUAGCGAGAAGGUCUAAAAGAACAACAGACAUGUUUGUAACCACCAUAGAGGAAAUGCGGAAGAGGCUGUUGGAAAAUAGUCGUAAGAGAGAGCUCGAGGAAGCGCAAGAAAGGGAAGAGUCAAAUAAAAGACAACAUACAGAAUCAAGUGCAGAACCAAAUGCAGAACUGAGUACAGAAUCAACUACAGAAUCAAAUGCUGAAUCAGGUGCUGAACCAAAUGCUGAACCAAGUGCAGAAUCAACUACAGAAUCAAAUGUUGAAUCAGGUGCUGAACCAAAUGCUGAAUCAGGUGCUGAAUCAGGUGCUGAACCAACUGCUGAAUCAAAUGCUGAACUAAAGCAAAGAAUUUGGGAAAUUUUGAGUUACCGUUUAGAACAAUCAAAUAAUGAAACAAAUAACACGGGUGAAUCAAAUUCAACAAGCCAACAACCAAGACAAUUGCCAAACAAUGAACUAAUUAUGAAUAUCAGAGUGUUGCAAAAGAAUACCCAUGCUAAACCUGUACUUGGAAGAAUCAAAUUUACUCCAGAUAAAUCCAACAAAACAUCAUUAACGGGUCUGCAAAAUAAAGUACAUUCUACAAAUACUCAACAAUCCCAAAAACAUCCACAGCAGAUAUUAACUAACUCUGAAACACACAAACCUCAGCAAUAUCUGGCUCAACUGCAACAGCAAAUGGUUCAUCAAACUAAUUCUCAUGAACCUCUGCAGAAAAGAUCACCACCACCACAACAACAACAACAAAAACAACCAUCGGUACCAACAUCAUCAGUACCAUUACAAGUAUCACAAAAACAAAAUCAGCAACAACAAGAACUACCACUUCCACCUCAACCUCAACCUCAACAACGAACUGCACCUUCUGCAGUAAAACAGCAACAACUGAUGCAAAUGCAACCACCACCACAACAACAACAACAGCAACAACGUCAUCAACCGUUGCAGCAGUCCCCACCAACAAUGCCAUUGCAGCAGCAGCCAGUCCCACCAGUGCAACAAGUACAAACAGUACCACCACCACUGCUGCAACCACAAACACAACUUUCACAGCAACAGCAACAGCAACAGCAAGCUCAAUUGCAAAUGCAGGUGCCACGGUGUUACCAAUAUCAGAAUCGACCACCUUCACAACAGCGUCAAUACUCACAAACACCGCAAUAUAAUCAACCACCACCACAACAAAAGGUCUAUGCUCUACCACCACAACAAGUUUAUGCUCCACCACCACGACAAGUUUAUGCUCAACCAACAAUAGCAUGCAAACAACAAUAUCCACAACAAUUGUAUGAGCAAGCACCGCAAGAAGGACUGUCAUAUCAACACCAUUACCAACAAGUGCAACAAAGGCAAAAUCAACAACCUUAUAUGCAGUCAGCACCUACGUAUCAACAGCCUCAUGUUCAGACACCAAAAUCAACACGGUCAAAUAAACAAGAAAAGCAACGACUUCCAAAAGGACAAGAACAGGUUCCAAAAGCAACACGUACAAUGUUCGAGGCAUUCACAGGACUGAACAUAGCGGUGGAGAAAUUAAGACAACGAACUUUGGAUAAUGGAAGAGAGCCAGAGAGGUUAAGGACAGAGUAUGUAAAUGUGUUAUCACUGCCUGAGAGAGCUGCUGAGAAAUCUACUUCACGUUCUAAACAAUCAUCGAACCAGAAACCGGUAGUGAAGCAACAAUCAUCUUUCCCCCCUCCAAUAAAACACCAACAAACACAAGAACAACAGGGAAAUAUAUUGCCACCAGUAUCACAGUUAUUAGCAAUACAAUCAUCGACGGUAACUUCUCGUGGUUCCAAUGCCAGUGGUGCAGUAAUGGGUAGUGGUAAUACCCAACGUGUUGCUAGUAGAUCAUUCACAAAUACUUUUGUUGCUGAAGCUGUUGUUAACAAUGCUAAUAAUAGAGGUGGACCAGUACCACCAACAGGACCAGAAACUAAUACAAGAGGUGGCAGAGCUAGUACUAGAAGUAGUGGUAGACCUCGGGGUAAUCGCAGUACUCAAAGAGCUGAAGGGAAUGUGACAGGAAGAGUAGCAAGAAGCACUGACGGUUCUCAAAGUCAAAAUAGUGGAAAAGCUUCCAAAAUUUCAAAUAUCAGAAAUUUGUUAAAUUGA